AUGUUAUCACUCUGGACCAACAACUGGAUCUGGACACUGGGUAAUGGAUACAAAAAGAAAUGGAUUUCGAUUCAUUUCAAUUUUCGGAAGCACAAAAGUUAUGUUGGAGAGCACUGUUUUCAUUAUAACCAACAUUUUGGAAUUAAUUCCACAAAGGCUCGAUUCGACGAACUCAACUCUUCGUUGGAGAAUGAAAGAAGAUCUAGAAAACUGGAGAAAGCGGCUCAUUCUCAGCAGAAAGCCGAGUGGGAUGCGGAGAAAGAAGGAAUCGAUCAGAUGGCAGAUAAUUUUUCGGAUGAUAUAAGAGAACAAGCCGAUCUUGUCAAGUCUCUGAAGAAGGAAAGGGACAGUUUGAGAAUGGAAAUGGAUGCCGAAAAGAAAUGCAAAGGAGGAACUUUUCAAUGCGAUUGGCUCAAUGGAUGA